GCAGCAAGAGGCACCACGGUAUCGGUACCCAAGAAAAUAAGAGUUAUGCAACUAUGAACCAACGUCUCAUCUCUUUCACUGCCGUCGGUCACUUUCAAGAUCAACUGAUUCAAUUUUCUCAACCGAGCUUUAACUAGCUGCUGCUCUGUAAGUCCAAUUAUCAAAUCUUUUUCAAUUUCAAAAAAAAAAAAAAAAAAAAUUCUUCAUUAUUAUUUCUAUUUAAUCUUUCCUAUUUAGUCUGAAAAGAAGUAAUUUAGAAGAAGAGUAUAUUUGAUGGGUAGAGCUUUAUCAUCUAUUAAAACUUUCCUCCGCCAAAACCCUCCUAUCCGUCAAAGCCCUAAUUCCCAUAUCAGAAAUCUGUCGAUAGAAUCCAAAGAAACCUCGCAACUCUGCUCAAACUUUGCAAAAGAAGUUUGCAAGAUUAUUAGAACCAAGCCCAGAUGGGAACAGACUCUGCUUUCUGAUUUCCCUUCUUUCAAUUUUAAUGAUCCCAAGUUUUUUCACCAGGUCUUAGAGCACCAAAACAAUGUGCUUCUCUCACUUCGUUACUUUUAUUGGUUGAACUCUAAUUAUACAUUUUCAGCUGAUUUAGAUUCGUGUAGUGCUCUCUUUGAUUCUCUUGUUGAGGCCAAGGCUUGUAAGGCUGCAAUGGAUUUCCUUGAUCAUACUGGUUUUAGUCCUGAUCCAGGUUCAAUAGAGCGAUAUAUACAGUGUCUUUGUGAGUGUGGAUUGGUUCAAGAAACAAUUGGUCUGCUUCCAAAGUUGAAAGAAAUGGGAGUUUCUGGUUCCAUAAAGACAUGGAAUUCAGCAUUGUUGGGUGCUAUUAAGGUUGAUAGGACUGACCUUGUGUGGAAAUUGUAUGAAGUAAUGAUUGAAUCUGAUGUUGUAGCCAAUGUUGAUGCUGAGACUGUAGGUUAUUUGAUUCAAGCUUUUUGCAAUGAUGGGAAACUUUGUAAAGGUUAUCAACUUCUUCGACAGGUUUUGGAGGAAGGGUUGGAGCCUGGGAAUGUUGCUUUCAACAAAUUAAUAUCAGGGUUUUGUAAAAAGAGGAAUUAUGGUAGGGUAUCUGAACUACUCCACACAAUGGUGGCAAGGAACUGUGCUCCAGAUAGAUAUACAUACCAGGAAGUCAUCAAUGGGCUUUGCAAGAGUGGUAUGAUGCUUGAAGGUUAUCGAGUUUUUAAUGAUAUCAAGGAGAGAGGGUAUGCACCAGAUACAGUCAAUUACACAACAAUGAUUCACGGUCUAUGUAAAAUGGGAUUGCUUGGGGAUGCUAGGAAGCUGUGGUUUGAGAUGAUUAAUAAGGGAUAUCUUCCAAAUGAGUACACUUACAAUGCAUUGAUUCAUGGAUUUUGCAAAAUUGGUAAUUUUGAAGAGGCUAAAAAGCUAUUCAAGGAGAUGUGCGAUAGAGGUUAUGGAGAAACCACAGAUGCUUACAAUUUUAUGAUUGCGCAGUUUUGCUCAAGGAGAAAGGUAGAUGAGGCUUAUUGCUUGUUUGAAGAAAUGAAGCGAAAGGGUAUUGUUCGUAAUGUGAUUACAUAUAACACUUUGAUUAAAGGUUUUUGUACCGAAGGCAAGAUUGCUGAUAGUACAAAUAUGUUAAUAGAACUCGUUGCGCAGGGUCUACAACCUUCAACUUCCUCUUAUACCCCACUAAUUGGAAAGCUGUGUCAGAUUGGAGAGUUGGAAGAAGCAAAAAAAUUGUGGAAUGAUAUGUGUAAUAAGGGUCUGUUGGCCAAGGAGGGAUCAGAGCAAGGAUAUGUAGCAGAGGGAUCAGAGCAAGGAUACUUAGCAGAGGGUUUGCAAUGGUUCAUAGAGAUGCUGAAGAGUAAACUCAAACCUCAGAAGGAGACUUUUGAGAGAUUGGUUCAAUGUCUAUCACAAAAUGAUAGGUUGGAUGAUUCUUUAUUUGUUUUAGAAUUUAUGUUUAGGAUAGGUUAUAUACUCGGUGAAAGUAUAUGUCAUUCUCUAGUCAAUAAACUUUGAGAAGAGAAUUCAAAUUUUGUCGAAACAUUACUGGGGAAGAUCCUAGAAAGGGAUUAAGCGGAGCUUCUCCCAUUUUGUUGCUUGUAACUUCUAUACCAUGAUUGUGAUCUACCAAG